UGGUGUUUGUUGCACUUGAAUCAUUUCCACAAACUCAUUCUGGUUUUGAAGCCUAUGAGUCAAUGGCUUAGGAGCUAGAAAGAUAUCAAAGUUUCCCAAACCAGUGCUUGAGUUGGGUUUUUGGAUACAAAGGUCGCUCAUUUAGCACUGAGCAUCAUAAUGAGACUAUCAUCCUCAAACACUUUUGCUUGGUGUUCAGGAUUUUCUCUAUGGUUUAUGGUUCUUGCAGUGACAUCAGUGUUGCUAGGUGCACUAUCAAAAUCAUCUCUAUGUUUGUUUUGUCUAGUAGGCAACAGGUACCAAAUCUCGUCGACAGUCCCAUUAAUAGGGAAUGGCAACCCUCCUGUCAUUGCUUAUUGGAUUAGUAGUACCAAUGGAGAGAAGUAUGAGAAAAUACUGAGGCUCUUGAAGGCAAUAUACCAUCCAAGAAACCAGUAUCUGCUGCAACUUGAUGCUGAUUCAUCAGAUUACGAAAGAAAGCAGUUGGCUCUUUAUGUUCAAUCCCAAGGGGUUUUUCGAACCUUCGAUAAUGUAAACGUUGUUGGACAAAGUUAUGGAAUCAACCACAUGGGGUCCUCUUCUCUUGCUGCCACACUUCAUGCUGCAGCAUUGCUUCUAAAGCUUAGUGCAGAUUGGGAUUGGUUCAUCGCACUAAGCGCUUCUGACUAUCCACUCAUGCCUCAAGAUGAUCUUCUCCAUGCUUUGACCUCAUUGCCAAGGAACCUCAAUUUUAUACAUUUUACUAACAAGACUGGAUGGAAAGAGCAGAAAUGCAUCGAAAAAAUUGUUAUAGAUCCUACUAUACAUCUUCAGAAUAGUACUCCAAUCAGGACACUCCGCGUACUGAACUAUUCUUCACAUAAAAGAAGAGAAAUUCCUGAUUCUUUCGAUAUAUUUGGAGGUUCAUCUUGGGGGAUUCUAACUCGAGAUCUAAUGGAGUAUUGUGUCCAAGGAUGGGACAACUUUCCUAGAUAUUUACUGAUGUACCUCAACAAUGUGGUUUACCCUCUUAAUUACUACUUCCACACAAUCAUCUGCAACUCACCGGAGUUCCAAAACUCGCUAGUAGACAGUGAUCUAAGCUUCACUGAAUGGAACUUAACUGCAUCCGGAGAAACUCAAGUCCUAAAUAUGUCACACUUUGAUCAAAUGCUAGCAAGCGGAGCAGCUUUUGCAAGAUCGUUUCACACAGGCAAUCAACUACUAAACAGGAUCGAUGAGAGCGUUUUGCAUCGCUCUUCCAAAGAGUUGGUGCCCGGAAAAUGGUGCCGUGGAGAAGGGAGAAGAGUGAGGGUGGAGAAUUCAUCAACAGCUGAUCAUGAAGAGCAGCUGUGUCCAACUUGGGGCAACAUUAACGAUGUGAAACCGGGUUCUGGCGGCAUCAAGCUUGCUGCAUUAUUGACUGAUCUUGUUGUAGAAGGGAGAUUGGCAACCAGCCACUGCCGAGAACACUGGUAAUCAAACAAAAUGACUCGUGAACAAAUAUUUUUGCCUAAUGAGUUUUAAACGUUUAGUGUCAUAUUAUGGUGCUGGUUUACCACUUUUCACCUUUGUAAUU